AUGCAUACAUACGUGCUAGGCGUUACGUUGGCCGCGAUUUGCUGGGUUAUCCGGAGUAUCUACCGUCUCUACUUCCAUCCACUCGCCAAAUAUCCUGGCCCAAAGCUCGCGGCCAUCACUGGAUUAUGGUACUGUCGGCAUUGGGUCGGCGGCCGCUGGCCUCACGUCGUCACAGAUCUGCACCACAAGUACGGAGAUGUGAUCCGGGUGGCUCCCAAUGAGCUUGUCUUUGCCACGGCUGAGGCAUCUCGCGAUAUCUACAACCGCUACCAGCCGGGGGCCGAGGUGCAGUUCCAGAAGGACAGACAGUUCUAUGCACCCUCAGGAACUGAGCGUUCAUUGAUCAUGGAGCCUGACGCAGAAUCCCAUCGGCAUAUGAGGAGGGGCUUUGAUCCUGGGUUUAAUCUUGUCGCGGUGAAACAAAGGAGCGAUAUCCCGUUACACCACAUCGACCUCUUGAUUCAAAAGCUCUACCGGACAGGUCGGCGACAGGAAGGCGAGAAUGUGGCUGAGUUUGCAUUCCGUCUGAGCUUUGAUAUUGCUGUUGAAAUGGCGUUUAGCAAAAGGAUCGACACGGUCUCUGCAGAACACCAACACGAAUGGUUGAGACUAUUCCGAGAUAACGUGAAGGCAGCCUCGGUGGCAAUUGCACUGCGGCGACUUCCAAAACCAGUGACUGCGUUGAUCGACUUGCUAUUGGGCCGCCUCAUCCGCAUGGCCAGGCGACGCUACUUGGACGUUGUCAACACAUUCGUCACGGAACGCAUGGAGAUUCAUGAACUCAAAUCGCGCCGGAAACAAACAGGGGAGCAACCGCACCUCGAAGACUGGUUCAGCUUUGUAAUUGAGCUGGGCAAGAAGGAUAACGAAACGAAAUAUUUCUACCCCAGCCAGGCAUCGUCGCUCGUCGUCGGAGGCACCGAGGCCAUCUCACAGUGGACUGCUGCCGUGCUCUACUAUCUGACGGUAAACCCAGAUAAGUCCAGAAUCUUACAGGAAGAGAUCAGAGGCGCGUUCACCGGGCCUGAUGGCGACCGAGAUAUCGAUUUCGAGUCGACAAAGACGCUGCACUACCUCGUGGCCACAGUUGAAGAAGGCUUGCGAAUCUACCCACCAUCGGCAUUUGGCCUCCCCCGCGUCUCGCCUGGAGCAAUGGUUGACGGGCAUCACGUCCCAAAGGGUACUGUUGUCCAGGUCCCUAAUUUCCUCCUGGCACGUUCGGAGAGGUACUUUUCAAAGUCAAAGGAAUUUCACCCUGAGCGUUGGCUCCCGAGGGACCAUGCUCUGUAUAGCCAAGAAUUCGCAAGCGAUCGCAAGGAGACCUCUAGACCCUUCUCACGAGGACCAAGAGGGUGCAUUGCUGUGAACUUAUCGCACCAUCAAAUGAGGUAUGCGAUUCUUCCUGACUGUCACUUCUUUCCCUGUUUUAUGGAACCUUCCACUGACAUGUAUGCCGUGCUUAAAAAAAGAUGCAUCUUGGCUAAGAUUAUCUGGCACUUUGAUCUGGAACUCGCUUGUCCUAAGUUGGACUUGUAUGACCAUUCAGCCGUACACAUGGUGUGGGCUAUGCCUCAGAACUUCAUGAGAUUUAUUCCUCGGAUAGAAAAUUCUACGUAG